AUGGAAGUACUUUAUAAAGAAGAUGGAGUGUUGAUAUCUCAAAGGAAGUUCACUAUGGACUUACUGAAGGACUUUGAAUGCACUGAAUAUUCCAACUUGUCAUCCCCCCUUGACCCUUCAAUGAAGCUGAGGGCAGAUGAGAGUCCCUUGCUAGUUGACCCUUCAAAUUACAGAAAACUGGUUGGUAAGUUGAAUUUCUUGACUAAUACAAGACUGGAUAUAUCCUUCAGUGUCCAACACCUCAUUCAGUACAUGCAAUCACCAAGGGAAAGUCAUUUGAAGGCUGCUUAUCAUGUCUUAAGAUAUCUGAAGAGUGAUCCAAGCCUGGGAAUUUUCUUCUCUAACAACAGAGAUUAUGGGGUGAAAGCUUAUUGUGACUCAGAUUGGGCAGCAUGCCCUGAGACCAGAAAAUCAGUCAGUGGUUACAUUGUGUUGCUUGGGAAUAGUCCCAUCAGUUGGAAAUCAAAGAAACAGUCCACUAUUUCUUUGUCUUCAGCUGAAGCAGAGUAUAGAGCAGCUAGACAGGUUGUGGGUGAGCUAGUUUGGCUGGUAACACUACUGGAGGAGCUGACUGUACCUAUGAACCUUCCUGUCCCUGUAUUCUGUGAUAGCCAAGCAGCAUUGCAAUUUGCCAAGAAUCCACUGUUUCAUGAGCGCACGAAGCACAUAGAGUUGAUUGCCAUUUUGUUAGAACAAAGCUGCAGGAGGGACUGGUAUCUCUACAUCAUGUUCCUACAAAUGAGCAACUGGCUGAUAUAUUCACAAAGUCUUUAA